AUGGGCAGCCCUGCCCUGCAGCCCCGGGGCAGAGGGAGGAAAUCCUCGAGAGUGGGGCGUAAGCGGCUCCAACAGGGACUGGGGCAAAACCCCGGGCUGCACCAGGCAUGGAGACCUGUGACAGCCCAGCAGCCGCGGGGCCUAGGGACCUUGUCCCCUGUGUCUGCCCGGGAUGAGGCUGAGCCCACAAGCAGGCACCCAGCAGCGCAGCGGGGGCUGGAGCCCAGCCCCCCAGCAGCAGUGACCAUGUUGGAACAGGACCAAGCUGGAGGAAGGGUGUGCAGGUGCUACAAGCACCUGGAUCAGUGCAAGCACCAGAUUGAACCCCACAGGGUGAAGUACCAGCUGCACAACACGGACACCCGGAUGCUCUUCCAUUGCAACUGCACUCGCAGGCUGGCACGGUUCCUGCACAGGGCAAGAUGCCUCAGUGCUGCGGAGGUGACUGUCCUGGCUGACCACAUUGCCAUGGACUGCUUUGUUCUGAAGCCACCCACUGACUGCAGUCUGGGUGAGGGGCCACAGCACAACUGUCUCACAGUGACACAGGCUGUGCUAGUACCUGCACAGCAUCUCAAAAAGCCCCUGAGGCGCUGGGGUCCUCCACAAGUGACCUCCAAGGUUGAGCGUCCAGACUGGAAGACACAGGACAGUGGUGGUAGCCUCUAUGAGCAAUGCCUAUGGUUGGCCUUGGAGCAGAAGCCGGACGCUUAG